AUGGCGACCAUACACCUAUGGGUUAACGCAAGCCAAGCAUUUCAUUUUAAAUUUGCAAUUACCGCGAAAUUCCCUCAGUGGCCACUCGCGCGUCUAGACCAAAGCCCGCUAUUGAUGCAGGCUGUGGUCAAAGCUGUUGGUUCCCGAUGGAACCAAGCCCUCAGCUUUUGGGAUGAGGCCAUACAUGCCUGGCACGACACCCUUGUCAGUUAUCCCCAUCGAUACCGAUCUCGAACAAUAGUCGUGCGCCUUCAGAAUAUCACGCUCCCGAUUUCAGUGAUACCUUCAUCAAUGCAAGCUCCUGCAAUGCAAUGGGCGGAAGAAUUCCGAUCGACUGCGGCUCUCCCACCGAUUUACGACAUGCCUGUCACUUCUACACCAGCCUCUUCUCAAAUCUCUCUGCCUGAAUCCACGGUGGCAGUCCCGGAAGGUGUCCACCCUGCCUCUGAGAGCAAUCUCAGCAGCCAAGCCACCGCGUUUGCAGAUAGCGAUGUAGCAUCCAUGCCGUCCACGGCGAUCAAACCGUCACAGGAGCCUGGGAGCGCUCUUCUGUUUCAACCAUCAGAACAAAUCGAACUCCCGCUCUCACCUAUCAGCGAACAAGACCUAAAUGAUGAAGGAACUUCAUCUUCAAACAAAUUACAAAAACGGUGGCCUGGCGCAAAUGUCCUGGUCUCCACCCUACUCCAAUGGCACCAGGAGUCAGUGGAAGGCAACAUCACGCAAAAGUGGCUUGCGUGUUGGGGUGGACAGUGGGUAUUUCAGUCUGCGACAGUGUAUCGGUACAGGUCUUGGAUAGACAAGGUCACCUAUCCACGGUUCUUUGCAAAGUAUGGAUCACAACGAGAUGCCACUGUUGGUGACGCUCGAAUUUUCUACAAGAAAGAAUUCAAUCAGGUUGCCUCAGUCAAGUCAAAAGGUAAAGUGGUUCAACUAUGGUGA